AUGGGGUGCUGGAUUUUGAAUGAGAGUCUCUCCAUCAUUUUAGUACUCUCAUGGCUGGGAAUGAAUUUAUAUCUGUUUAUUGACACAUUCUGUUGGUAUGAAAAGGAGGAGUCGUUUCUGUACACACGAGUUAUACUGGGUUCAGCACUGGCCUGGGCGCGAGCAUCCGCAGUGUGUCUGAAUUUUAACUGCAUGCUAAUUUUACUACCAAUCAGUCGAAACCUUAUUUCAUUCUUGAGAGGGACAAGUACCUGCUGCCGAGGCCUAUGGAGUAGACAAUUAGACAAAAACCUCCAAUUCCACAAACUGGUUGCCUAUGGGAUAGCUGUUAAUGCAACCAUCCACGUUGUGGCGCAUUUGUUCAACCUGGAGCGCUACCACUGGGGCCAGUCCCCGGAUGCAGAGGGACUUACGGCCGCACUGUCCAAACUUGGCAGCGCCCCAAAUGAGAGCUACCUCAAUCCCAUCCGGACCUAUAGCACGGUGAGUCUUCCACGUGCGCCAGCUAGAUUUUCUCAUCUGAAAACCCUUCCUUGUCCGCAUAAGCAAAAUGCAAAGUCUCUGUUUGGCCGGAUUGUUCGAGGCCAAACUCCCGAGAGUCUCUCACAGCACAACGCCACCUUCUGUAGGGACCACUACGCCAAAUGGCAGGCAGCUGCCCAGUGCCCCGUGCCUCAAUUUUCUGGCAAGGAACUUUCGGCUUGGAAAUGGGUUUUAGGCCCUGUGGUCCUGUAUGUGUGUGAAAGAAUAAUUAGGUUCUGGCGAUUUCAACAAGAAGUUGUCAUUACCAAGGAGGAAAAAAGGAAGGGCAGUGAGUAUGCUUUACCUGGGUCAUAUAGUAACUUGAGGCUUGCGGUGGACGGACCAUUUGGAGCCGCCAUCACGGACGUGUUCCAUUAUCCGGUGGGCAUGUGCAUUGCCGCAGGCAUAGGAGUCACUCCCUUCGCUGCUCUUCUGAAAUCUAUACGGUACCAAUGUUGUGAGCCACAAACCAAGCUGAAGCUGAGCAAGGUGUAUUUCUACUGGAUUUGCCGGGAUGCGAGGGCUUUUGAGUGGUUUGCUGAUCUCUUACUCUCACUGGAAACACAAAUGAGUGAGAGAGGAAAUGCUCACUUCCUGAGUUAUCAUAUAUUUCUUACUGGCUGGGAUGAAAAUCAGGCUAUUCACAUAGCUUUACACUGGGAUGAAAAAACUGAUGUGAUUACAGGCUUAAAGCAAAAAACAUUCUAUGGAAGACCCAACUGGAACAAUGAGUUCAGACAGAUAGCCUACAAUCACCCCAGCAGCAGCAUCGGCGUGUUCUUCUGUGGACCCAAGGCUCUCUCAAAGACACUUCAAAAGAUGUGCCGCUUGUACUCAUCAGCUGACCCCAGAGGUGUUCAAUUUUAUUACAACAAAGAAAGCUUCUAG